AUGUCAGCAUCAACUGUCAGUUGGCUUUUCAUAGCCGAGUAUUCAGAUGCAGGAGGGAGAAAACAGCAGGUCUGGGACAAGGCAGCACAUCUGGUGAACAGGGCAUUGAAACAGCAGGUCCAGAACAAGGCAGCACAUCUGGUGAACAGGGCAUUGAAACAGCAGGUCCAGAACAAGGCAGCACAUCUGGUGAACAGGGCAGAGAAACAGCAGGUCCAGAACAAGGCAGCACAUCUGGUGAACAGGGCAUUGAAACAGCAGGUCCAGAACAAGGCAGCACAUCUGGUGAACAGGGCAGAGAAACAGCAGGUCCAGAACAAGGCAGCACAUCUGGUGAACAGGGCAGAGAAACAGCAGGUCCAGAACAAGGCAGCACAUCUGGUGAACAGGGCAGAGAAACAGCAGGUCCAGAACAAGGCAGCACAUCUGGUGAACAGGGCAUUGAAACAGCAGGUCCAGAACAAGGCAGCACAUCUGGUGAACAGGGCAGAGAAACAGCAGGUCCAGAACAAGGCAGCACAUCUGGUGAACAGGGCAUUGAAACAGCAGGUCCAGAACAAGGCAGCACAUCUGGUGAACAGGGCAGAGAAACAGCAGGUCCAGAACAAGGCAGCACAUCUGGUGAACAGGGCAUUGAAACAGCAGGUCCAGAACAAGGCAGCACAUCUGGUGAACAGGGCAUUGAAACAGCAGGUCCAGAACAAGGCAGCACAUCUGGUGAACAGGGCAGAGAAACAGCAGGUCCAGAACAAGGCAGCACAUCUGGUGAACAGGGCAUUGAAACAGCAGGUCCAGAACAAGGCAGCACAUCUGGUGAACAGGGCAGAGAAACAGCAGGUCCAGAACAAGGCAGCACAUCUGGUGAACAGGGCAUUGAAACAGCAGGUCCAGAACAAGGCAGCACAUCUGGUGAACAGGGCAGAGAAACAGCAGGUCCAGAACAAGGCAGCACAUCUGGUGAACAGGUCAGGGUUCAAGAGCCAGAAACUGGUUCAGCAAAUAUAAAGGUACUCCUUAAAUAUAAAGUUGACUUUUGACACAAAUUAAAACGUGUCAGUUUCAUGGAGGUUGGAGCGACAACGUUCCGCUACAUCAGACAUUGGCUCCCGUCUAGAUUGCGCCUUUUAGAUGUCGACAAAAAUGAACCAAGGUAGAUUUUAUUCACUAAUCUCAUUGCCUUCUGAAACCCCAAAACCUGUUGGUUCCGUUUCACAGAGAGAUCCUGGAAGUCUCACGAUGUUGAGCCUCUGGGAAACUCUCUGGUCUGAAGCUGUAAAACCAGCACGUAUUCAGUCUGCCUUUUCGAUA